AUGGUCUCAACCAGUGCUCUCGCUCCUACUCGUGGAGCUCAAUGUGUAUCAUCUGGACUAGGCCACCAUUUCGUCAGCCCGAAGAAAUCAAGAGAUAAGAAAAAAUCUCAGACAUACGUUGAGUUACCUGGCGCGCAAGCCAAACACCGUCAACUGCUAGCUCGUAUGCAACAACUGAUGAAACCAGAGCACAAACAGACCAAAGUUCAUGCUGUAGAUGCAGUUGAAACUAUCUCUGAUACUAGUCAGACUGACGCCUUGGCCGAAAUUCCUGAUCCAGACUUCGAAAUACCAUCAGAACCUUCUUCCGACAUACUUGCGCAAGAAUCUCAUAUUAAACGUCGCAUUUUACCUGACAAGGCCACAGACUCAUUGUAUAGCAGUUGGAAAACGUUGAUACCCUUCCUUGUUGAACCACAUCUCAAAUAUUCUGCGCGAACGCUAGCGACAGCACUGGAGAUUACCCCCGAGGUCAUCUCUGCAUGCGCCACAUGUUUGUGCCCUCAAAAGCGAACAACAAUUGCGUGUUUAUUUUUCGACAGAUUUACGUCUAUUGAUGUCCUCAGUUGUAGAUGUUCCAUGCUUCCCCAAGUGCUGCUUCACCAUGGUCUGUUUCCGACUGCUCCCUCACAGCCUCGUAUGGCUGUCUCCGUCGAAUUGCUAUCAUUCUAUCGGGCACUUUUCGAACGGUCUUGUGAUGCCAUCAAUGCCUUGGCAUCGGCUCUCAAAACUCACUACUCUCGAAGAGGUUUCAUUAUGGCAGAUGCCCGAGCUGAUUUGUUACGCAAGGGGGAAAUUAUACAGGAUCCUUUUCGUUGA